ACCAUAAAGUUACUUCUCUCGUCGUUAUCUCAACAGUGAACGGCCAUAGGGAGGCGAAUAAAUGAGUCACACUGGCAAGUCUCGUAUCGUACCACUCAUCGAUGCAUGCCCGGUCAUUCAUUAAAAAACGAACCCACCCUCUUUAAAAUCGUUUGGCAUCCCUUUCAUUCCUUACAAAAGCUUUCUUCCUUCCGACUGCGACCUCCUCUCCAUUUCCGGUAACGAACCUGAGCUUGACGACGACCCUGGUGGUGAUACAUUUGACGAUAUCGUAUAUGCACGGCUCCCAGGACUCGAUGUCGUCGAUGUUGCCUCCACAUGCCAUCCAUAACCGGUCUUCGCAAAAUUCUGAAUCAAUAGACACGAGCAGACGUGGCAAUGAAGGUGACGCUUCGGCUAUGGUGAAGUUGAGAAAACAUUUGUUUGCAGACGUUGAUGAAGAUCGCUCCACGGCGCCCUUGACUGUAUAUUGUUUCAUGACAGGUUUGAUCGACUCGGUUACAUUCUCUGCUAUAUUUGUCUGGUGCGCUUUCCAAACGGGAAAUAGUAUACAACUGGCCCUUGCUCUUGCCCGCUUGUUCAGCGGGCAACAUGACUACUCAUUCCACAUAGCGGACCGUCAAGCGUUGUGCUCAUUGCUCGCGUUCCUUUUCGGCGCCUUCAUCGGCCGUAUCGGCGAUAAGUUAGGAUGCAAGACACGGUUGUGGUUGUCCUUCGGCACAUUCAUUCAAACCCUCUUUACAAUGGCCGCUGCUGUUGUGAUAUGGAAGAGCGAUGAGCUUAGCAUUACUGAUGCGCGCGCCGACCCCGCAUGGACUAACGCGUUGUCCUUCGUGUGCAUUGGCUUCUUGAGCGCGAGCAUGGGCUUGCAGGCCAUUAUGGGGAAGCGUGUCAAUACCCACUUCGCUACUACGGUGGUGCUCACGACGACUUGGUGUGAGCUCAUGGCCGAUCCUCGGCUCUUUGACAUCCGACGAAUCGUCAUUUCGCGCAAUCACAAGAUCGUCGCCAUUGGCAGUCUGUUUCUGGGAGGCUUCAUUGGCCGUGUAUUGAUCGACAGUAUUGGUUCGGCUGCUACGCUCGGCAUCGGCACGGGCAUCCGAUUGAUUAUCAGUAUAUGGUGGCUUUUCAUCCCGGAGAAGCAGGCCAUGAACUGAAAAUGAGCAUGAAGUGUUCAUGAGUGUUUAUGUCCAUGUAUGUACAUAUCUUCAUUAUCGACGACCAGGAGACGAGAGAAUGAUGCGAACUGAGAUGAUUUUUUUCAAUUAUACCAGUACUGUAAUACAAAGAUCUUUCUUUACAUGACUGUAAACUUACUCACCUCAAACGGUUCCGCCUGUCCACCGACUCUAACCGACGUGUGUCAGGAAGCCUCUUCAUAAGUCUAAAUACUCUCACAUAUUACUCGCCUUAGUGCAUCGAAGCAACCACAAAGUUGCUUCUCUCGUUGGUAGUUACUUAACGAUGCCAAGUAAACGGCGAUAGGGAGGCGAAUAAACGUGCAUCGUACCACUUGAACGCCCACUCAUCGAUGUUGUAUGCCCGGUCGUUCGCUAAA